AUGUUGGAUAUGGAUGCACCACUCUCAUUUUACGGUCUUGGGACUGGAUCUAAAGUCAUGAUGCUUGUUGAUAAGCGACCAAAGCAGAAUUGGGGCCCAUCUACAACAACCACAUCUCCAAGGAUACCGCCGCCGACUCAUCCUGUGCUGCCUAAAGAGCCUGAGCUUCCUCGAGAGGAGCGACUCUUUAAAUUGCUUAAUGAUCAGAUUGAGUACACACAGACUAUAAUCCAGCCCCUUUUUGGUGCUUACAAGAAACAUGCAGAUGAUUUUCUUUUACAUGACAAAAGCUCAUCCAACACACUCACACCAAAGCAGUUGCACGAUGAAUAUGCGCGUAUUAGCGAAUCACUCUUGCAGUGCCUACUAAAAAUCGACGGAGUAGAAUGUGAGUCCAACGAGACUGAAUUGCGAGCUAAAAGGCGGGAAGCAGUGCGGCUUAUUCAAGGACAAUUGGAUAUUUUGGACGGAUUGAAGGAGCAGGUUGUCGCUCAUUCGAAAAACCUAUCGUCAUUAUAG